GCCGAUUCAGCCACUGUGGAUUCAGCGUUCGGCGCGCGACGCGCGCGAGUGUGUUUUGAGCUGUUUCGAAACUACAAAUAAAGCGGUGUUCGUAACGAUGUAGCCCUGUAGCGUUGUAGCUGUAAACGUUGACAACGGAGCCGACGGAGCGCCUUUCUAAACGGUCUUGUACGGAAAGUGCUGCUUUGCGCUGUGGUGUUUUCGGGGCUAGAUCGUUAGUCGGGUAAAGGAAUCAUGGAGGUUGACGUAAAGGACUGUCGCGUCCUGUUCAGUCCGAGCGAUUCGUUCAUCUUGGAUGGUGACAGCGUUUGUGGCUUCCGCUCCAAGCAGUGCGUCUUCGACGACGACUGCGACCCCGAUGCCUUGCGCCGUGUUCUCCCAGAGUUCCAGUGCAGCUGCCAGCAGCAGUUCGACAACGUGCAGGACUUCGAGUCCCACUACGCCGUCAAGCACCGCAGCGUGUGCUCCUCUUGCAGGGCAUCCUUCCCCACGGCGCACCUGCUCGAGCUGCACAUUACGGAAACGCACGACCCUAUCUUCGCAGCUAGACCCGCGGAUAUCCCGAAGUAUGUGUGCGUGGUCGAGGGAUGCCCGGACUUGUUCGCCACCGCUGUGGAGAGGAAGGAACACGCGAUAUCGUGCCACAAGUACCCAGCGAACUUCAGAUUCUUGCCGCGCGAUGCUUCUUCGCGCGCCUCCUCCAGCGCGCACCGAAGGCCUCAAGCUCCGGUUCCCAGUCAUGUGUGCUUCGGCCGGGGCUCUGUGCCAGCGUGGCACCGCAGGAGGCCUGCACCCAAGCAACGUGAAACCGAGGACAUCUCCAUGGCUGACGUGCGAGAUGCCUUGAGCGAUAUGUAGGGCCUAGAAUUUGAAGGCAUUGCGAUUGAACAUGUUGAUGGUACCCCGGAUCACACGGUUGCUUGAACUUCUUUCCUUGCCUUGUUGUCUUGGUGCUGUUUAUUGUUGCAAGUUGACUGUCCAGAGCACGUUUUCAUGCAAGCAGGCAGCAUUUAGUUCUUGAGGCUGAUGUGACAACACUGAAUUUCUGGAAAACAGCCAGAAAACAGAAACUGGGUGUUGAUGGAAUGUAAGCUAUACAUGCUUUGCAUUGAACUCGCAUCAUUCAUUUCGCACCACUAAGGAAGUGAGGUGGGAAGCUGCUUUUAAACAAAUUUUGAGUCAUGGGUUAAUCUUCUGUAACCUUCUAGAGGGAGAAUACCGACGUCUUCUGGGCACAUCUGGGACACACAAAAGGGAGUCUCGGUGAGAGGGGAGUUCCUCCUUUCCCUCUUCUCUGGUGGUGGCCAGAGAGCUGACGGGAUGACGUCAUGUGCAAAGCAUAUAUAUUCACACUGAAGAUAUGGGGUAUCAAGCACACUGAUAGUUCUUAAACCUCACAAGAUUUGCAUGCACAACUGUAGUUUAAAGUAGGAGAAAAAGAGCUGUAUAUACUAAAACUCGAGAUGAAUGAAUCUAUGGUGAAGAAGGCAGUAUUUGUUGUAUA